AUGGCUUCUACCGGAUGUGCUAUAAGAAAUGCAUCUCACGCUGGAUCCUGGUAUACCGAUGAUCCGAAGGAACUUCAUCGUGAAUUAACAGAAUGGCUUGGCGCUGCCGAUUCACAUCAUGCUCAAUCAGCUCGUGCUAUUAUUUCACCACAUGCUGGCUACUCAUACAGCGGCAAAAUUGCAGCUUUUGCUUUCAAACAAAUUAUUCCUGAAACUGUGAGCAUUAUAUUCGUACUGGGACCGUCACAUGUGAUGUCACUGGAUACUUGCGCAUUGUCGACCUGUUCACGUUAUCGUACACCUAUAGCAAAUAUGGAAUUAAAAGAAACUGGAGCUUUUUCGUUGAUGGAUUUGCGCAGUGAAGAAGCAGAACAUAGCAUCGAAAUGCAGUUGCCUUACAUAGCAAAAAUUAUGGAAAAACAGUCGAGGAAUAGUUACAGCAUUGUGCCAGUCUUGGUAGGAUCGCUUUCACCAUCAAAACAAGCCAGUUAUGGAAAAAUAUUUAGCAAGUAUCUGUCAGAUCCAAAGAUAGUAUUUGUCAUCAGUUCCGAUUUUUGUCACUGGGGAAGUCGAUUCCACUUUAUGCCACACGACAGUAAUACUAAUGUACCAAUAUAUGAACAGAUUGCUGCUAUGGACAAACAGGGAAUGGACGCAAUUUCUAGCCUUAGUCCAACCGCAUUUGGCGAGUAUUUAAAGAGGACGCAAAAUACGAUUUGUGGCAGAAAUCCAAUAAGCGUUAUUCUUUAUGCAGCAGAAUAUUUUCGUCAAAUGAACAGCUAUCGAGGAGAAUUCGUAUUUCUGAAAUAUGCACAGUCUAAUCAGAGCCGCAGCCUGAACGAUUCCUCAGUUUCGUAUGCAGCUGGUGCUCUUUUCAUUAAUCCAAGAGAAUAA